ACGCUGGUUUAGGAAUGUUUCAACGCGCACUCACCUUAUGUCAAUGUCAUACGGCAGGAUCAGACAAAACGACGUGGCCGAUGGUAAUCCAAGGUGUCAAACUGUCAAUGAAUAUGGUCAAACUAAUCGUGGUCAUUCAGUCAAAGGUCAUGUCGUGUGGUCAAAUAACGAAACAAAACUGCGAUCUUGGAGUCUUCAAACUUUGAAACAAAACAAAACAAUAUACACGGAACUCUGCGGUCAUCUAUAACAUACACGUGCGUUUGAGAUUGCGUAUAUGCGUUGUUUGCGUUGCGUGCGGUCAUAUUUGUUGCGUUGCGGUUGCGUAUGCGGUUGAAAACUAUUCGCCAGCGUUCCACACCUGUGCUGAGUAAGUCAUUAAUUUACUGUAUACUCGCAUAGUGGUGACGUCAUCGCCCAUAUUGGCGGCACUGCCACAUUACGUCACUCAACACAAAAAUUGCUCCAACACACCGGCCCCUAUAAUUAUGGGCAAAGCGAAAACAAUAAUACUCAAAGUUGGAGCAUUCAAAGAAAACAACAAAAAAACAAAAUGAUCCAUUGCACUUUCAUGAGUAUAUCAAACAGGUCUUCACUGGCUGGCUGGAACCAGCAAAAUUCCACACAAAAAUUGCUCCAACACAUGUUUUUUUAAAUUAUACUUUGGGGAAAAAACUGUGAAAAAAGUCUUAUAUGUAUCUCUUUCCAGUGCUGAAUCUGAAUGAAAACAAUGAACACAUACAAAUUUUAUUUUUUUUCUUUUAUGCGCUAUUUCGCGUUUUUUUUUUCACUUAUCGCGGCGAUUUCUGGUCCCCAUUAACCACAAAAAACGAGGGACCAUUGUAUUGAAGUAUGCAAAUGGUGAAUUUCUUACACAUUUGAUAAUAGAGAAAAUAAUUGUACACAUAAAAAAUGACACAUCUUACGGGCGCAACAAUUUUUUGGCGUCAGUUACUGUAUAUCAACGCACAUUCACACUAAUAGACUCACGCACAUUUGAUAACAGGUAUUAAUUAUGUCACGAGGAAGGGCGGACAAUCUGGGAUACUUACAUUUAAUUGUCUAAAAUAAUAUCGGCGUUGAUAAAAUGGUUGCCACCACUAAUGAUGGCCACUUCCUGGAAAUACUGGCUUUUAUUUACUUUUUUUUUUCAUUUACACAUCAUAAAAAUACAAUUUAGUUUUCAUUUUACUAAGCAAUAUUCUUUCCACUGUGAUAAUAAUUUCCACAAUUUUUUUAAAAAAUAUUUCCACAUACACCAAAACUAUAUUCUCACUCCACAAAACUUGUGACACAGUGACUUGAAGGACACCAUGUUUCGCCUGACCCUUAUGAGGGCGACCAGCAGGGGGCCGGCAGGACUGCGGGACGACUAAAAGGUUUAGCGGGCUUUUGCGAAAAAAGUGGAGGGGAGUGGGGAUGAAAGUGAUGCGAGGGCCGGCCCCAGUGCUAAUCUGCACCACAUCUGGGCACGAGUAAGCUCUUGCUCCGCCCCCGCCUGUGAUCAGAGUGGACAUGAGCGAAUGUGAGAGGAAGUGCUGACAUGGACUUUGGGUCACACGGCCAGAGGAUGCCGCGGCCCAGUUGUAUACCCUGGAAUCUGCGUGGUUCUGACAAGCGUCGAGAUUCAUCCGUGCAUCACAGACAGAAGACGGUGGUGACAGACAUGUGCUACCCGACAGAGAUUUCCAGCCUGAUGGACUUCGGCUCCCCUGACUGCUCACUGGGCAAAGUGUUGUUGCAUGAGGAGGUGGCCCAUCUUCAGGAGGAGGUGCACCUUUUGCGGCAAAUGAAGGAUAUGCUGGGCAAAGACCUGCAUGAGGACUCGCAAGGGGGGGGCAGCGCGGGUCUGCUCUCCGCAGCCGAUCUCCACGUACAGCUGGUCGACAAGGAGCAGGAGCUGGACCGUGCCAAGGAGGCCUUACAAGCCAUGAAAGCAGAUCGUAAGCGUCUAAAAGGCGAGAAGGGCGACUUAGUGAGCCAGAUGCAGCAGCUCUACACGACACUGGAGAGCCGAGAGGACCAGCUACGAGAAUUCAUACGCAACUAUGACCAGCACCGAAAGGAGAGCGAGGAUGCGGUGAAAGUGCUGGCCAAGGAGAAGGACGUGCUGGAGAGGGAGAAGUGGGACUUGAGGCGGCAGACCAAAGAGGCCACCGAGCAGGCGAACAUCUUGCGUUCUCAGCUGGAUAUGAAAGAGAACAGGAUCAAGGAGCUAGAGGCCGAGCUCACCAUGGCCAAGCAAUCUCUGGCCACGCUGACCAAAGACGUCCCCAAGCGGCACUCGUUAGCUUCCAGUGUCAACGCUGGCGGCGGCGGCGAGCCGGUGGUGAACGGCAGUCAAGAGUGGGUGAUGCAGGUCGACCUGCCGCUGACCGCCGCCAUCCGGCAAAGCCAGCAGACCCUCUACCACGGUGGACACAAUGCCGACAGACAAGCUGUGGUCAGGAUCAGCCCCUGCCACUCGCGCCAGCCGUCCGUCAUCUCUGACGCCUCGGCGGCCGACGGGGAUCGCUCGUCCACGCCCAGCGACAUCAACUCCCCCCGCCACCGGACGCAUUCUCUCUGCAACUCCAUGGAGGACCUGGAGGAGCAGAAGCGUAAGAAGAAAAAGGAGAAGAUGACACUGGGCUCGCUUUCGCGCGUCUUUGCUCGAGGGAAACAGCGCAAGUCUUUGGACCCGGGCCUCUUUGAUGGUACUGCCACACCCGACUAUUACAUAGAGGAGGAUGCCGACUGGUGAUACUGCGUGUGGGUGUGCGCGUGUGUGUGUGUGUGUGCGUGUAUGAGAUGGGCUUGUUUGGGGGGGUGUCCAGUUAAAAAUAAAAGCCUAAAAAGACUGCUAUUCCACCAAAUGUAUAGUAUAUGAAACCCUUAAAUUGUAUGUAUGUAAAUGAUAUAUAUAUUUAUAGAUGUACAUGUAUGCAUAUGUAUAUAUGUUUACAUGCAUAUAAAUAUAUAGGCGGGGUUAUUAUCAUGUGUAUUUGUAGACAUGCUGUAUUAUCGUGUCUUUAUGUUUGGUUUGUUUUUUACAACUGGAGACUUGAAGGACUGCUGUUCAUGUGUAAAUAGGAGCAAUUUGUCUUUUUAACCGUGGUUUUGUUUUUUCCAAUUGUUUUUACUUUAUGGCGCUUUACAAAAAUAUUUUAUCUGGCCAAGUCCAUUUUACUUUCAUGUGCGGAAAAAAAUAUUCCAUUCGGGUGUCCCAAAAUGGCUAUUUAUGCAGUUAGGUGUUGUCAUAUCAUAUCGCAACGUGGGCCAGGGAUGGAAUGUCAUCAUCAAUGAGUAUAACAAAUGUGACUGUCAUCCUGCUCAAAUAGCUUAUUUUCUCAAAUAGUGGCCUCAGUAUUAUAAUACUCUGCUGAUUCUAUGCUCAUUAUAUAUUUUGGGAUUAAUGCAAUAAAUAAAAAGUUGACGCUAGUAACGCUCAUAAAAAUACCAAUGAUACAAUAUUUUUAUUUUAGCCUUUUAUGAAGUAUCACUUGUGUUGUGCAAAAAAUAUAAUAACACAUUUAAAAUACAGUGAUUAACAAAUAGAUUAGCACUUUUAUGUUUUGUUAUGGCAUAAAGAAUUAUUGCUAUCAUUCCUGAAGAGAAAAAAGUUUUAGUUGUUGAAUGUACUGAAAUAGUUAGAGCUUAGCAUUCUAUUCUAUUCAAGCACUCUAUAACGUUCGAUGUCACUUUAUAAUAGGUGGUCUAAUACCUUUGUUAAUCACUGUACAAAUAAUUAUUUUUGAAAAACCGAUCAUAAAAAUAUGUAUAUUUAAAAUAUUACAAAAUUAUAAUAAAUAAUGAAAAUAUGUAGUUUUAUGGAACGACAAUGCAUUUGACUUUUAUUACCUGUAAUAAAUGCCACUAUUUAAGGAAGUACAGUAAUUUGUUGUAAUCUCGCUGUUAGUACUUGCUUACUUCAUUUCUUCCUGAGAGCUGCCUAACAAGCCAAAACCAGUCCAAUGAAUGUGUGAAAAGAAAAGAAAAACAUCUGCAUUAUUGUCAUUUCUCAUUCAUUUAUUCAUGCUUCAUUCAUUGCUUCAUCUGCAAGUGACUUGCAUUGUAAAUGCAAGCCCUCGUGUUGCUUACUUCUCCUGUUUGUGUAAAAUUCUUCCUACUACGUCUCUGUUGAAUGCUUUGUAAUGUAGGCAACAUGGAAUAAAAGAUGAAAUCUAUGGAGGUAUUUUAUUUUAAAAAAAUAAAACAUUUAUCUGCUGCAGAUAAGUUUUGGGGGGACAUGGAAUCUUAUUUUCUAAAAUAAAACUUCAGCACAUGUUCCAUGGAGUAAGUGUUGUUU